AUGGUUCCCGUUAUACGCGAAACACUUGGGGCACUUCAAGAUGCUGCAAGCAGCGACGUCGCUACUCAAGCAUACCAUCUUCAAACCGCUAUGGAUAACAGCCAGUUUAUUGUUUCUUUAGUUAUACUGAGAAAAGUUUUUUCAUAUACAGCAAACCUUAACAAAGCAAUGCAGAAAGUCAAUGUCGAUUUGACCAACAUUUGCGAAUAUACAAAAACGGUAAAAACGACUUUACUAAAUGUUCGGAACGAAAGUCAGUUUGCAAUCCUUUUUGAGCAAGCGCAGCAGAUGAGUUCAGGCGAUAUAGUCGUGCCAAGAAUAACUGGAAGGCAAACCCUGCGCAAUAAUAUUGCAGCAGAAACUGCCGAAAUAUACUACCGACGAAAUGUGUUUUACCCUUUCAUUGAUCAUGUUAUUGCAGAACUCGACGCUCGUUUUAAACCACAUGAAUCGACGAUCGAAGGAAUUCAAAUGCUGUUACCUGAAAAAACUAGUAAUGACUCCAGGAUAAAAGAAAAUCUUGAAAAAAUUGCACAAACAUUUCUUGGUGGAGAAAAUGAAGGCACAAUAUUUCUGAGUGAAUAUGAGAUAUGGCACAAUCACUGGAAAUCUGUAGCACAAAAACCUGCAACUGUGCUUGACGCUAUCGAUAACUGCGAUGAUCAGUUCUUCCCUUCAAUAAAAAAGCUUCUAAUUAUCUUAGCCACACUCCCAGUGUCCACUGCAACCCCUGAAAGAUCUUUCUCUACCUUAAAGAGGUUAAAAACUUACCUAAGAAAUAAAAUGGGCGAUGAAAGACUUACUGGUCUGGCUUUAAUGAGCGUACACCGAGAUCUGGCGGUGCAACUAGAUUCCGAAGAAAUUAUCAAUCAGUUAGCAAUAAAACGUAAAAGACUAAAUUUAUUAUUUUAA